AUGGGAAAGUUCUCCUUCCCAAGGCUCAUCAUAAGAAUGGUUAGAAUCCCUUUUCUCUCACCCCCUCAGUCAAAACUCCAGCGCUUUAAAAUCAUCAUUUUGACAUUUAGGCCUAUGAGCUUUUCUAAGAUUGAAAAUAACAAGCUUGUAUAAUGAUAACCUCAUUACUGACUGCAUGUUUGUCCUCAUUUUAAUUUCUAGCCAUGGGCAAAUCGGACUGCACGGGACGAUUUCUGCACAGGAACUAACGAACUCCACAGGCUCAGACCAAACCACCCUCACAACUCCUCACAACUCCCCAGCCAUACUGUAAGUCCCAUCUGCAGGCUAACUCUAUGAUCUCUAAAGUGGUCCAGACUAAUCAUUUAUGGCCAAUCAGUGUAAACUUCGUACUAACUACGGCUUGAUCUAGUGUCAACAUUAUACCUUCUUGAUAUUCUAUAUCAACGGAAAACGAUGGAAGGCACAUAAUAAUCCAAUGAGUAAAACAAAAUAUACCAUGUUCUAUUCUCAAUAUCCCUACUGCCCCAAAGGUGUGUAGGCAGGGCAAGGAGAACACCGAUUCAACCCCGAAGAAGAGGAAAAAGAAGAGGCACAAUGAGAAGGGGACACAGGUUGAACUAGGCAUGCGGGAGGAUAUCCAUGACCUUGAGCUCGCCCAUUGGAGAUUGGCUAAAGAGACAUGGAGAACUGAGCGAGGAAACAUGAGGGAGAUAAAGGCGCUGUAUGGAGAAAUAUUUAGGCUGCACAAGUUGUUGGAGGAGGUAACGAGCAGUUUUCUUAAAUCAGACUUCUCAGUAGAUAUACUGUAGUUGCUUUGAGAUGUUCCCAAUCCUGAUACACGGAAAUUAGAUCUAAAUAGUUUGAAUAGUGAAAUAAGACAGCAAUAAAAAAAAACUGCACACUGGUAGUAUUCUCAGGAAUGUCUGCAUUCUGCACUGGUAGUAUUCUCAGGAAGGUCUGCAUUCUGCACUGGUAGUAUUCUCAGGAAGGUCUGCAUUCUGCACUGGUAGUAUUCUCAGGAAGGUCUGCAUUCCUAGAAGAGUUGAAAAAGAAUAAAUCCAAAAGUGUGGACGAUCCCAUUUUCCUAAUAAGCUAAUAUACAGUAAUAAAAUGUUUUCUCUAUAAUAUGUACUACCCAUACACAUAUAAUUGUUUUAAGAUAGUAAUAACAUGGACCAUCAAGCUAUUAAGUAAUAAAAAUGUGUCUGUCAUCAUACAGAUUGGGGUAGAUAAAGGGGUGAUCAAGCAGCGCUCCACCUCCUCCAUUCUUUGUCCCGUCUCCCCGACACUGCCAGCUCUCCCCAGGUACAAUCUCCACAGGUACCUCACCAAAAGCCAAUCGGAGUGUGACCAGCAUGCCGCCGCCACCCAGAAGAACCCGGCUAAGAAACACUCAAUCUUUCCCCCUCUGGUCACACAGAGCUGCACCUCCCCUGACAAACGGCCUCAUUCUCCGUCCAAGACGUCGCACCCACACGCUUCACACAGAUUUUCUGUCCCAUUCCACCUUCUGGCUCCCGGCCCUCCUGCCCAGCUGAGGCAGACCCAUCCGCAUGUCCACCCCAGGUCCCCAUUGACUGACCAGGCAAAGGUCAAGGAUAAGGUCAAGAGGUCAGAGGUUGCAUCGUCUGAGGAAUUGUCUGAGGAAGUUCAACGGAGAGGUGCAGAAAUUGAGAAUAUGUAUAAAGCGCAGCUGAAAGAGAGGAUGGCCCAAAAGAGAAAGGAAGAGAUUCUGAAGAAAAGGAUAAACAACUAUGACAAGAACGAUGACACUGAGGCCUCCUGCUCCUCUGCAGUAGGACAAUCCAAGACCCCUGCCACAGCCCCCGAGCGUCCGGCCAGCCCAGAGGCCACCACAGAUGCCACGCCAGUGGUCGUCCAAGAGGACACUCAGGGGGCCACCCAGCAGGACCUAGCAGAGGUUGUGAAUGUGCUCAAGAGGCAGUCAUCUGACCUAUACCUGCCUGACGACGUUUGUGAGGAUUCACUCACGUGGAGCUCCAUUUACGAGGAGCUGUGCCCACUUGCUCACAGGGUGAACUCAGAAGCUGACUACAUCAAGGCGCUCUGCGACACCACUGAGAAGGCUGUGACGCCCUUGCGCUUGUCUCAGGAGGAUGUGUCUCAGAGUAUGAGUGAGGACACAAGUGAGGAGGGGAGUAGUGAAAGUGAGGAGAGCAUGAGUGGACAACAACAGAGAUGUCUACACAGGGAUCCUUAUGGUGAGAGGGAGAGGAAGAAGAUUGAUAGUCGUACAAUGGAAGGGAGAUAUGCAACCGCAAAUGCAAUGUCUAUGAUGGCGAGCCUAGGGAAAGAAGAACUUAAUGCCAUGAGCUACGCAGAGAGGAUUAAAUAUUUCAAGGACGAGGCUAAGAAAAAUGAAGAGAUGUUGAAGAUGAAAAGUGGGAAGGAAAAAGAAAGGAAGGCGGAGAAAGACAGGGAAGAAGAGCUAAAAAAGUGGGAAAAGAGACAGAAGAAAUCGGUUGAGGAGGAAAGGAAAAUGACAGAAAAGAUGGAAAAAAAGAAGUUAGAGGAGCAGAUGAAAAGGGAGAAGGCAGAGAUGAAACUAAAGAUCGAACAAGAGAAAAAGAGACAAGAGCAAGAGAAAAAGAGAGAAAAAAAAGAAAUGAAGAAGCAGCAGAUGCAACAGAAGGCCCGUGAAAAAGAAGAGAAAAAGAGGGUGGAGAAAGAAAAAAAGAGGGAGAAAAAGAGGGCAGAGGAGUUGAAAAAGAUUGAGAAACAGAGGAUGGAGGAGGAGAAGAACAGGGAAAAGGAGAGAAUGAAGGUGCUGGAGAUGCAGCAAAAGGCACAAGAGAAAGAAGAGAAAAGGAGGAAGGAGGAGAAGAAAAGGAGAUUGAAGAUACAGCAGGAACAAGAGAAGGAGGAGAAGAAAAGGCAGAAAAGGAUAUGGGACGAGGAUAAGAAGAGAGCAGAGCUUCAAAGAAUAAAAGAUGACGAGGCCAGGUUCAAGAUGGAGAUGGAGAAACUGUAUGAGAGAGAAGAGCGGAUUGCACAGAUUGAAAGAGAAAAGAGGCGUGCGAAGUAUGAGAAAAAAGGGCAGACACAGAGAGCAAAACAGGUGGUGCCAUACCCGGUCACAGCGUUUACAUCUUUGUGGACGGAAGAGAGGGAGCAGUGUCCAGAGACCGCUCACGCACAGUCUGCCAAGAGGAGAACAAGGAAGAAGCAGAAGAAUGAGGCGGACGAGGCGUUGACAACUUUUGAGUAG